UUAUGCUACUCUCACCUCACUUCUAUGCCUGCAGUGCAUGAGUUAUUAAGGCUUUUAGCAAUGGAGGAUGAUGGUGUGGAAUGUUUGUCAUCCUGUGAUGAGAUCUGUCAGGAACACAUUUAUCACCGCCGCCUCUGCCGCCGCCGUCGUCUCCACCGUCUUUCAUUGGCCUCUGCCGGUAAGUCUCGGGCUAAAAACCUCCAUGAACUUCUGCAAUGCCCUGUCUGCACAAACUCUAUGUACCCACCAAUCAACCAGUGCCUAAACGGGCACACUCUGUGUUCCAUUUGCAAAUCGAAAGUGAAGAACUGCUGCCCAACUUGUAGAGAAGAACUUGGAGACAUCAGAUGUCUGGCAUUAGAGAAAGUCGCCGAGUCACUGGAACUUCCUUGCAAGUAUGGCCCUUUGGGAUGCUUAGAGAUGUUUCCUUACUACAAGAAAGUUAAGCAUGAGGCUAAAUGUGACUUCAGACCAUAUAAUUGCCCCUACCCUGGAUCUGAGUGCUCAGCAAUUGGGGAUAUUGCUUUUCUGGUUGACCAUCUCAUAGUUGAUCACAAGGUUGAUAUGCACAAUGGAUGCAGCUUUGAUCAUCUUUAUGUUAAGUCUACUCCCCGGGAGACAGAAAAUGCAGCCAAGAUGCUUAAGGUAUUCAACUGUUACAGCCAUUACUUCUGCCUGCAUUUUGAAGCCUUCCAACUUGGCAUUGCACCAGUUUACAUUGCAUUUCUCCGUUUCAUGGGCAAUGCGGUCGAAGCACGAACCUUUAGCUACAGACUUGAAGUCGGAGCACAUGGAAGGAAACUCAUAUGGGAAGGAACCCCUCGAAGCAUACGUGAGAGCCAUCAGAAGGUAAGGGACAGCCAUGAUGGUCUCAUAAUCCAGCGAAACAUGGCACUCUUUUUCUCCACUGGAGAAAGGAAGGAGCUCAAGCUUCGGGUCACCGGACGGAUAUGGAAGGCUAAGAGCACUUUGAGCACAUAG